AUGCAGUUACAUCACCCCAAUCACUCCUAUGACAGGCAACUCACUGACCUGCGGCUCCAUGUAGAAGAUCUGGAUAACAGGAGCCGCAGGAACAAUAUUAGAAUACGAGGACGCGAACCAAUAGGCCCAGAAAACCUAAAGGAGAUACUGACCCCGCUGUUUAACCUGAUCCUGCACAGACCCCCAGAAGCACCUCUGUAUAUAGAUAAGGUACACCGUGCCCUCCGCCCAAAGCCACCUCCAUCAGCCCCACCGCGAGAUGUCAUCUGCUACAUUCAAGACACUCAGCUAAAGGAAGAUAUCAUGAAAGAAGCAAGGACGGAAAGAUCCUGGCGGUACAAGGGCCAGACUGUGGAGUUGUACAACGACCUCUCCCAUCAAACCCUACAAACCCGCAGGGCCCUCCGCCCUAUCACCACAUUACUCCAGGAGCACCAGAUAAGGUACAGGUGGCACUUCCCGUUUGCGCUCACGGCACGCAAAGACAACAUAGAAGCCACAAUACGGCUCCCAUCGGAUGUUCCCAUCUUCCUGGACACCUUGGGACUGCCAGCCACACCGGUAAGAGACUGGACUGAUUGCCCCCUCAAUGAAAGAUAUAUGGGCAGACCGGUGGCCCGUGCGUUGGGAGCGGACGGGCUGGUCGGGGAUACAAUACCACCCCACCAGGGCGCCCAUGAGGAGUAA